ACCCCACAAGACCCCACGCAAAAAAACAAAGCGAACAAACUCCAACAGCAACACCUGUCGCUCAAGACCUUUUCUAAGUUUUCUGUAACAUGAUGGAACUGUCUUACCAAUCCAUGAAAGUCGCUCAUCAAGCUCGGGAGGCGGAUGAGCUGAGGACCGAGAUGAGGAGGAAGAAUCUCCUAAUCCUCAUCUACCAGCACCUCCUGGACCAGGGCUACGUGGCAGCAGCAGUGGCCUUGGACCAGGAGACGAAUGGAGGUGUGAGGAAGUUCGAGGUGUGCGAUAACAUCGAUCUGGAGAUGGUGCUGAUGGAGUUCGAGAGCUAUCAUUACAUCAAGUUCCAGAGAUAUCCCAAAAUUAUCAGAAGAACAACGGAACAAGGUGACAGCAGAUUUGCAAGGAAUAGUGCAGUCAAGAGGAGUCCCUGCUCAGCUGUUAAAGCUCUACCCAAAAUCAACCCACCCCAGAUGCCACAGUCUGGAAACCGAGUGAAGAAGACUGCCAACGUUGGACAGGCAAAUGAGAAUGGUACUUCCACAUCUUCAUCCGAUUCAUCUGAUUUUGGUCUCAACGUUUCCUCUAUCAAAAAUGGACCAGCUGGGGAGGGAGCCACGCACAGGAAGGUGACCGAUGGUAAAGGAACAAUACAUGAUGCCGUCAGAGGAGGUGGCGUCGACUCGGACCACAUGGAGCGGCUGCUGAAGCCCCUGAGUGGCUUUUCUGGAAUGAGUGGCGAAAUGAGGGAGCUGGCUGCUAUCAUCAGCAGGGACAUCUAUUUGCACAGCCCGAACGUGCGCUGGGAGGACAUCAUCGGUCUGGAGGAUGCCAAGCGAUUAGUCAAAGAGGCCGUCGUUUAUCCCAUUAAGUACCCUCAGCUGUUUACUGGCAUCUUGUCUCCGUGGAAAGGUUUGCUGCUCUAUGGUCCACCAGGCACAGGUAAGACGCUGCUGGCCAAAGCCGUGGCCACAGAGUGUAAGACCACCUUCUUCAACAUCUCAGCCUCCAGCAUCGUCAGCAAGUGGAGGGGAGACUCUGAGAAGCUGGUCAGGGUUCUGUUUGAGCUGGCCAGGUACCACGCCCCAUCCACUAUCUUUCUGGAUGAGCUGGAGUCUGUGAUGAGCCAGAGAGGAUCCGGCAUGGGGGGAGAGCACGAGGGGAGCCGCAGGAUGAAGACAGAGCUGCUCGUUCAGAUGGACGGGCUGGCAAAAUCAGAAGACCUGGUGUUUGUACUUGCUGCCUCUAACCUGCCGUGGGAGCUGGACCAUGCCAUGCUGAGGAGGUUGGAGAAGAGGAUCCUGGUCAGUCUUCCCUCCUCACCAGCGCGUCAAGUCAUGAUCUCUCACUGGCUUCCUCCUGUCAGCUCCACAGGACCAGUGGAGCUACACACUGCGUUGGACUAUGAAACCCUGGCAAAGGAAAUGGAGGGGUACUCUGGCUGUGACAUCAGACUGGUGUGUAAGGAGGCCGCCAUGAGACCGGUCCGCAAGAUCUUUGACGCUCUGGAGUCACACGAAGGCAACACUGACAUGCCUGCCAUCCAGCUGGAGACCGUGACAACAGCCGAUUUCCUGGAGGUGAUCGCACAAACCAAACCCUCAGCCCGAAAACUGAUGGACAGAUACACUGCCUGGGAGAGAGAGUACAAGUCUGUCUGACACUUGUACACAGGUAGACUAGUUUUAAUAUGAAAAAAAAAACAAAACACAAAAACAUACCUGAAUAAUAACUUUUGGAAACUUUGGAUAUGUUAUAUCCAUAUUUUACUGUACAUAUGACGUAGUUUUCACGUACUUGUUUUUCAAAAACAGCCAUCCCUAUUUUACAUGCCAUCUAUGGAAUGAUCAAUACAACACAAUGAAAUACACAAACAAUCU